UGCUGUAAUUGCUGCAAAAGGUGGACAUACCAAAUAUUAAAGUUAAAAGUGGAUAAAAACAGUAGGACUCACUUAAUCUGAUAUUUGUUGUGCUCAGAGCAACCAUCUGCAUGCAUCAUGAACAUUUUGAAAGGAAAUCAUGUUUUGGAGGCAAAAAAAAGUUCAAUGUUUUCAUUUCUGUCAGGUGUUCUAAUAAUUUUGGCCACCACUGUACAUCACAAAAAAUAUGCUCCUUUAACCAAUUCCUGCCUACCCUACCUUUAAUAUUUUUGGCUCCUUUAUUUAAAAUAAUCAACCAAAAAGCAUAGUGUUGGGAAACAUUUAUAUAAUGGGCAAAGGUAAGUAAGUAAAGUAAAGACAUAUAAAACUACAGAAAAAUGAAAAAUUAAAUGAUUGAAAAAAGCACAAGCUUAAAAAGUUAUUGUUUCUGACAAAUAAAUGUCUACCUACUGACUUUUGACAGUCAAAUUUACCAUUUUGUGUGUAAAUUACAUGUGGAAACUGUAAAAACAGCUGUUUUUGCAGCUGCUUAUCUGGCUCAUUUUCCUAUGUACCAAUUUCUGGCAUUAAAAUUGGGAUUCAAAAAUCAUCAAUCAUGUUUGCAUCUGGAUAUUGUAAUAAUGCAUCAAUAUGAGCCCAGGUGUUAUUUAUAUAUAUUUUUGAGCUGUGUAUAAAACAUUAACCUAGACUUAAAGUUAUGUUUACAAAGUAUUCUAUUAAAUAUAAUUGUGAACAUCCAUUUUCUUUUUCAGACCUUAAAGCGUUAGGCUAUAGAUGUCAAUAUUUUAAGUUAUAUCAUAUUUAAAGCAAAAAAUAAAUAAGCACUGGAAUAUAACAUGGGUAGCGAGAAAGGAAGUAAAUAAGUAGUAUUUAUUUGUGUGCGCACAAAUACUCACCACUUCUUCUAAAGUCAGUGCUUCACUUGGGGCACCCCUAGUCAAAUAGUCGAGUUACGCCCCUGAACCCAACGUAACAUAGCAAACACGACAGUAUCUUUCGAAAUACACAAAUCAUACGUACAUUGAAAUGAAUUCAUCAUCUCUGUCAAUGCUUUCUGGAGAUUUUCAUUUCUUUUCAUUUGCUUUGCUGACUGGCAGAAACGCUCAAGUGAACAAGAGAUUUGUCCUUCCACGGUUUCCUUAGCUCCGCAAUGAUUGGUCAGAAGGGAAAUAUGGCGCCGUCCGACUAAUUGUCAAAACAUGAUGAUGAAAACAUGACUGAGUGCCUUUCAUAACAUAGCAGAGUCUAUUUGAAGCUUUCGUUUUUUUUAAGGUCAUUCUGCAGUUGUCAUUUUUCGUGUUUCAUGUCGAGCAGGUUGAGAAUAGUCAUGGACUUUAGCUGCGUUAGCUUUGUCUGCUAACUAACCUGUCAGCGCGAACAUCCUCCGGUAACGUUGAUGCAGAAGAUUUGAUCUGUCGACUCUAAAAGGUAAGAGGCUAUUAUUUGUACUUGGUGGAGGUAUUUGUACCCUUAUAUUUAUUCAGGGUGUCCCUGUUUUCCAGCACAAUCAUGCCCGCCUUCAGACAAGUGGGAGAGAAGCAGCUUCCUAACCCGGUACUGUGUAUGUCCUGGUCCCCCAAAAGAGAUCUUAUUGCUCUGGCAAACACGACUGGAGAGGUGAGUUUCAUUGUCUUUUUGGCACUGUAAAAUAUUGGCAUCAUUUAGGGUCUUUGUAAUUUCCCUGUGUGUUUGCUCGUAGUUGUUGCUCCAUCGCCUGGCCAGUUUUCAGCGUGUUUGGAGCCUCCCUCCCGUUGACUGUACAGGGAAGGAGAUCUCUGCCCUCGCCUGGAGACCUGAUGGAAAAAGUUGGGCUUUAUUUUGUACAUGAAGUUGUUUAAUUGCCUGGUUCUUCAUGAAAACACGAGGCCAUAAUAUGAGCAUCCUCUCUUCAAUCCUCAGUAUUGGCCUUCAGUCUCAGAGACACCAAACAGGUGGUUCUGUGUGGUGUUGAGAAAGCUGAGAUCCUCCAUGUGUUCCCAAUGCAAAACCCUGUAACCUGCAUGCACUGGAUGGAGGUGACAGAAGAGAGCAGGUAUACAUCAAGCUCAGGGACCAAAUCAGUAAUAAACUGGAUGGCCUACGGUCUUCACUGUGGUAAUUAUUUUUUGUUUGGUUGUGUUUCAGUGCCCUAAACUCUUUCUACAACUCAGAAGAUGAAUCCAAACUAUUUCUUCCCAAACUGCCAACACUCCCAAAGAGGUAACGCUUGCAUUAACAGCAGGUCAGAUAAAGAAGAAAUCCCCAAGAGUCAAUGAAUGACAUAUGUCCAACCUUUUUUCCUCUUAGCUACAGCACAACUUCAAAGAUUUUCAGGUGAGGCAGUAUUUUAAUGCGUCAUUAUGACACCACUCUCUUGUUUUUAGCCAUUGUGUUUUCAUAGUAUUGAAUAUUUAUCUCUCUUUGCUGCAGCGAGGAAAAGUCUGAUGAGAUAAUGAAUCUGUUGGGAGAAGUCAGGUAAAUUAAAGGUUCAAGUUACACACAGAUAAAUAUUGUCCAAGUAUUUUAUAUGUUAUUUUACUAUACACAGUGCUGUUUUUAACAUUGGACUGGACAAAAUUUUACUGCUCUGUUUUGCUUCAUGCAGACUAAACAUUCUUGUUCUCGGAGGAGAUUCUGGCUUUGUAGAGCUUUAUGCGUAUGGGAUGUACAAGAUCGCUACUCUAACAGAGGUAAGGCUCCUUCUCUCAUUACAGAACUAAAUGGCUUUAUUCAUCAGUUUAACAUUUAUAUGACUGAAGAAAUGUUAGCUGGAAACACUGGAUUUAGUGGAGGACUGUUUACUCAGGCAUACAAUGUUAAAACUUAAUUCUCUUCAUGAUAAAGCUUAAGCUUGAGAAAGACUGUAGGUUAACCACUUCUUCAAUGCAAACUCAACAACGAUGAAACUGAAUAAAUAAGUAAUAUAAUGACGAAGUGUCUAUUUAUUAAUUAAAUUGGGAAUAUACAGAGCCUCACUGGCUAUUAUCAAAGUAGAAACUCCUCAUCCUGAGGUCCACACAUGUCAACAUGACAUGAAACUCCACAAAAAUGAUAUGAUUGAAAAUCCAAAGCAGCACAGGAAACAGAGGAAUCAGUGACAAUGAUGACAACUUAAAAUAACAAAGUACCAAACCAAAAAGACUGUUAAGCAUAUUUCUGUCAGUAGUCAUGAACCUACAAGUGCAUCUCAAAAACUUGCAGACUGUAAACAUGUUCAGUAAGACGGAGGAAAUUUGAUUUAUACUCUAAUUAUACUAGACUUAUUUCAUUUAUUACAGGCAAAAGGAGUCAACAUAUUUCUUUUUCAGUUGAUGUUUAUGGCCCACAGAUCAAAGGCUUUAAAAAAAGACCUCAACCCAAAAUGGUUGCUUCACUGGUUUUAAGUUGUUGUGGAAAAAAAGAACUUUAUUAUUACACCCUUUUUAAAAAUGUACAAGAAUUCAAUAGCCAUCUGUCAGUUUCAUCGAUUCACUUUUUCACUCAAGAAAGUGGUCGACAAAGCUUUCUAAAUCAUUAUCCCUCAGUUAUAACGUCAAGAUGCUGAGUCACACUUGCCUCCUAACACCAGGCGAGAAGAUUUCAACAUUUUAUCCUGUGAGAGGACAAGAAAAUAUUGCUUCCUUCUUCCUCCCCCUGAAUUCAUCCAUCUAAUGUUGAGAAGAUUUCAAUCAUCUUCUUGCAAGUCCAUCUCUAUUCUGUGCAGUGAGCCUCUGAGUCAUCAAACCCCAGUCUCACUUUGGGCUAUAAUUUUCCAGCAGUCUUUGUAAUUAUCAAGGAGGAAAAAGAGACAUGUUGGAAACUUUCCCAAGAAAAAAUAUGACCUCCAACCACACAGAUGGCCUUGCGCUCAGGGUUAUUACCUUAAUUCUACGUGAUACAAAAUGUUGAGGAUGAUUUGUGAUGAAGUUUUAGCUCAUAAACUUUUAACAAGGAGUGUUUUAGAUCAAAGAAAAUCUGCUUUCGUUAAAAAUUCAAAGAGGUUUUACUGUAGCGUUGAUACUGUUCAAUUAGUGCUCAACAGUGAUGGGUAUGUGUUUCUACAUUUCAUUUUGAGAUUUAUGUCUUUUAACCUAAUAACUCUACAGGUUUCAGGAACCUGUCGCAGCCUGAGCCUGUCCAGUGAUCUCAAGUCUCUGUCUGUAAUCACAGAAGUUCGCUCUGCCGACAACAACCCAGAGAUCUGUUACAUUCAGGUUAGAGGGAGCUUUUGGCUUCUGGUCCUUAAAAAGUUGCUUUUCCUUCAGGUCCUUGUUUUACAUUUGUAUUUGCUUUAUUUAAACAGCACUGUUUGUCUUCCAGCUGGACACAGGCUUGUUGUCAGACUGUUUGCCUGAGGUAACCAGGAUGGCACGCAAGUUCACCCACAUCUCGACACUGCUGCAGUACCUGCACCUCUCACUCACCUGUAUGUGUGAGGCCUGGGAGGACAUCCUCAUGCAGAUGGAUCUGAGGCUCACUAAGUUUGUUCAGGUUAGUUGUGGCAUUUGUUGGCUACCAAAUAGGAAGUGCAGCUUUUUUCAUAUAAGCCUCUUUUUCUUAUAGGAGAAAAACACAAGCACUCAAGUUCAGGAUGAGUUUUUGGAGCUCCUGCUGUGGGGUCAAUCAAGGUCAGAAAAAGCCAGUGUUUUGUUUGUCCUGUAGAUGGUGGCAGAUCAUUUUGAGGAAGUUAAUCUCUGUUUUGUUACCAUCGGCUUUCUGUUCCUUUUUCAGCCCUGAACUUCAGGCUCUUCUCAUGAACCAGUUGACUGUCAAGGUGGGAAAAACAUGCGUCAAUAAUAUCCCUUGACUUUGAGAGCAUAAAAAAUGUUCCCCUGACCAAAAAACUUCAUUAUUCUUCAUCUUAGGGCCUGAAGAAGCUCGGCCAGUCCAUUGAGUCCUCAUAUUCCAGCAUCCAGAAGCUGGUGAUCAGCCACCUGCAGAGGUAUUUUCAGCCUUCCAGUUCAUCUCUCUAUACCACAUGCUACCAAAGAACCCAAUACUGAGAUUUCUCUCCUUAUCCCUGGGCUAUAGCGGCUCUGAGGCUCUGUUGUACCACCUCAGCGAGGUGAAAGGCAUGUCUCUGUGGAAGCAGAAGUUUGAGCCCCUCGGCCUGGAUUCAGAAGCAAUAGAAGGUACCAUCCGCUCAUCUUGUAUGAUAUUGAAAAGUGUCAUCAAAGUAUUUUAACCAUUGACAAUCUCACAUGCAUCCUGUUUUCAGGUGCUAUCACAGCUGUGGGUUCAUUCUCUCUGAAAGCCAACGAACUUCUGCAGUGAGUUUUGUGAUAAGAAUAUUUUUGCACAGUUUGAAAGUGUUUUAAUGUUUUAGUCAAUGCAUUUUUGUGUCUGCUGUAGUUUUCCCUCUGUCUCUGCUCUGUAUAGCAUCAGCGCUUUUGUCUUUUUCAUUUAGGGUGAUCGACAAGAGUAUGAAAAACUUUAAAGCCUUUUUCCGAUGGUUAUAUGUUGGUAAGAAUAAAAAUGUAUUUGUCAAAUAUACUGAAUAUGCUGUUCCUUUAAAUCAAGAGAUGAAAUUAAUUUUUGUUUAAUUUUGUUUUUUCCCCCCACAGCUAUGCUAAGAAUGUGUGAGGAGCAUGUGCCACCAGAACUCAACAAAGUAAGCUUUAAAAGGAGCUGAGAAGGAAUUCAAGAUUUAAGAGUAUUUGUGAUAUUUUAACGAAGCUGCUGAUUGAUUCCCCAGAUGACUCAGAAGGACAUUGCAUUUGUUGCUGACUUCCUGUCUGAACACUUCAGUGAGGUGAGAUAAAUCUGACGGCACUCAUUUCUUUUCAUAAUGUUGGUUAUGUACAAUAGUCAAUGAAAUGACUAAUGAAAAAGACCUUUACAUUAAUUAGGGCCACAUUUAUCAGAAAAUAUAUCUGAUUUUUAGGAUUAAAUUACUUUGUCUUUGUAGUGUUUUCAACUGAAUAACAGUGUAUUCUGUUUCUAUCCAUGUUUUACACAACUUACCAACUUCAUUUAGAAUUAGGGUCUUUAGAUCAGAUGGCUGCCUGCUUCUCUGACAUUUCCCAUUAAAAUGUCAGAUAAGCUUACUAUACCCUAAAAUUAUGACUUUUUCCAUACACUUGUGACUUAAUUCUCCUACUGUUAUGACCUUAUUCUUGUAAUAUCUCAGAUUAUUUUCCUUGAAUAUGUUCCUCAUACUCUGUCAUAUGUUUUGUCCAGUAUUACUGAAAAAACAGAAAUGCGUUUGGACACAUUAGGGAUCAGUUGUAGACAAAAAGCACAAUAAACCAACACUCAUCAAGGACCUUGCAUUAUCGGGUGGUUUUGAUUUUGAAUUGAUUGAUUAUUAUAUAAAUUAUCAAAUAAUUCUUGGGAGAAACCCUCCGUUUGAGUCUAAUCACUGAUAUCCACAUCUGGUGUAAGCAGCUCAUAAGAAACUGUCUUCUGAAAUUUUAUUUAUUAUGUGUUUAAUUUUGUAUUUUUUACUUAAUAUAAAAAGAAAUACUACUACAUGUAACAUCAAAAGUAUCAUGGUCUGUUGUUGUAUUGAAGCAUUUCACUUUGAACAAGCCCAGUAAUUGAAAUAUAAAGAUAAACAACAGUAUAGUAAAGUGUACAUAUGCUAGUUAGUACAGGUAAUAUUGACAUCCUUAUUUGCCCUCUGGUUUGACAGAAUGAAGAGCUCUUUGACCGUAAAGGGAAGUACUUCAACGUAGAACGUGUCGGGCAGGUGAGCACUUUCUUAUUCAUGGCUCAAGGUGGGUUUUUUUUGUUUGUUUGUUUUGUUGAGUGGCGCUGCUGACUGACUGAAGUUUGUUUUUCUGUCCUGUUGACAUUUUUAGUACCUGAAAGAUGAGGAUGAUGAUCUUGUGUCACCGCCAAACACAAAGGGAAACCAGUGGUUAAAGUUUUUACAGGAAAGCACACACCUGAAAGGUGACGUUAAUUUGACCUGAGAAGUAUUUUCUGUCAUUAAAAGAAGUUUGUUUAUUUAGAUGUAGUUUAAAGUUUUGAUGGCUAAAAUCCACCCAAAGCUGUUGUACUCAUUAACAGAAGAAAUUCUUGUUUGGUUUUAUCCAGAGAGCCCUUUGCUGUUUCCUUCAUAUCCCCAAAAGUCUCUGCACUUUGUGAAGAGGAUGAUGGAGAGUGUGAUCGAGGAGUGUCUACAGAAACCUGCUGUGAGUUCUAUGCGCAGUCCAUCUUUUUUAUAUCCUUCUCACAGUCAAACAAUUAUUCAUGAUAAAUAUCAAAAACUGUGAACUGAAUGAAAGCAGUAGACAUAAGCUGCGUCCGAAUUGCCAAGUAGUAGUCGAAGUAGUAGUCGAAGUAGUAUCUAGCAUGUCCGAAUUGGCCACCGGAGCGAGUAGCAUGCUACUUCAGAUACUACUUCAGAUGCUAGACACGCCCACAUUGUAGGUUGGUCUCGGUGCAUCCUACGGGCAUGCUACUGACCCAAAAUGCACCGCGGGCUUCUUCUUCGUCCUCUUAAAAGUUGUAGAAGCGCAUGUGAUGCUAGCGCCACCAGCUGCUGCCUAUUUAGAUGCGUCGCGAACGCCGGCUGGCCACAGCAGCGCGCACCAUGUCGGAGCAGCAGCAGCAGCAGGCGGGACCGCAGCAGUACAGAUGUAAGGUUCAUGUAACUUCACACACUGUCCUAAAAAAUGUGCGGUUGUAUCUCUUUGUCAUGUCAUGGUGUCAUAUUUUCCCAAGUAAUCAUUUUAUGAGCAAGUGGCGACAUCAUGGAGGUAAAGCUCACUUAUUCCAUCAUUAAACUGCACAGCUGCAGUACUACAGCCAGGCCCACAGAUGAGGGGCUUCAGUUACCACUGUCUGCACGGGCGCAGUACCUACUCUCUGCCUGCGGGGGUCGUCUUUCCCCACCGCUCGUCUAGUGUGUCCGAAUUGGGCCAACGUUUUUAGUAUGUAGGAGUAGGAUCUAGCAGUAGCACGUAGCAGUAGCAUGUAGUAUCCGAGCGGGCAGUUCGGACGCAGCAAUAGUUUCAGAAGUGUACUGCACCUGCAUUCUUUUAAUAACCAGCAGGGGGCAACUUAGGUUACAAAGAAAUCUGGGAAUUCAGUCUAUGUGGAAACUAUUACUUCUUACUUGUUUUAACUGCACAGUAAAUAUUCAUCUAAUAAAUCUGAUACUUCAAUCACUAGUUUAAAGCUUUAUUUAUUUAUUUAAUUAUUUAUUAAGAAAGGAUGUCCGUUGUGAACAUCAUGGCUCCUUUUGAGGUCACAUAGAGAAUAUAUCUGCUUCUUGUCCAAAUAUUAUGAUUACAGGCUCUAAAUAUCAAACAAAAUGCUCAAAACAAAGGGCCACAAAUCUGCGGGUAACAUCACCAUCCAUUUUAUACAUUCUUAUUUCCCACACCUUUGCUUUAAACUAGAUAACUGAAAUAUUGUCUGUGUUCCCUUUGUGUGUGCGUCAAAAUCUUCCCUGCAGCCUUUCACAGAAGACAAAUAUGUGAUACAUUUUGGUUAAAAUAACUGAACAUGCUUUAAAAACGAGGUCUUUAGAUGUUGUCCUAGAAAGUGUUGGGCUGUGCAGGUGGCUGACUUUUUUUUUUGGUUUGUUUGUGUGUGCAGGAAGUGAUUGGGAAGUCUGUAAAACAGUCUAUUCUCCUGCCCUUAUACACCGUUUCUGAGAGGUUUGAUAUUAUUUCUUAGUAUUCUGUAUUGUGCUACAUAAUGAACUAGUGAAAUAAAAGUUAAAGUGAUUGUUUCUUUGUUUGUCUCUCCAGCUCUGAAAACACUCCUCGACUUUUUGAGUUUCCAUCGCUGUACGUACAAACACUGCAGCAUUUACAGUUUCCCACCUCUCUCUUUAAAUUGAUUUAUUUGCAUAAUAAUCUUUUUUUAAUUUUAUUUUCCUUUAGAUGGAAUGACAAGAAAGCCAAAAUGCACUACGUUUUGUUCUGUAUGCCAGAGAUUUCACCCUCUAAACUCUACCUGUUACGCAAACCAACAGACCCAAACAGGUUUGAUUCUGCCUUCAUGAGUAUAUGUCUGAGCUUUCUUUAAAGAUCUGACUUCUGUUUUUGACCCUCUUCUUUCAUUUUCUAGACAUGUCCCAAACAGCGUCAUGUCCAUCGAUCUCAGCCACCAUCUUGACGGUGCAGAUGAUGAUGAUGCUGAAGCCCCGUUAGUUCCUCUCAUGCUAUUAUAUUUUUAAAAAGACAAUAUUGAAAAGUUUCUCCUUUGCACAACGUGUCUUACUUCUUCCAGCUGUUCAAAAAGUGAAACCAAAAUACCUGAACAGCAUAUUGUAACAUAUUACUUGAGAUGUCAUUUGGCAUUAGUGUUUUUGUAAUGGAGAUUGAACCAUCUGUGAACAUGGAGGAGGUAGACUUCAUAACCUGUACAGCAGCCAGUCAGUAGGGGGUGCACUAAAUGUUUUAGCUUCAUUGUCAUGACCCCCUUGUUGUAUAUGGUCUAUGAUUACUAAAUUGACAAAGUCAUGACUUUCUUUGCCAGGCCGAAUUACGUAUACAGCUGCCUGGAUGCUCGUUUCUAUGACGAUGAAAUGCUAACCGUGGUCCUGCAAGGAUCAGAAGAGCAGAACAAGAGCCGAGUCUUGGCCCAGGUUCCUCUUGCUUCCGCCAUGAGCAGCAAGAUUGAAUUCAAGUGGGAGCCGAAUAUGAGGUAUUCACGUGCAAAUGCCUUUGACAGAGUCUCUCUCACUCUCAUUGUGCAGCUCGUCUAAUUUUUUGAUCAAUGGUUAUUCUGGUACCUUCAAAUUUGGGCCCCUAUUUUCAUCAGUUUUUGAGGUUUUAAGUGACUUAUUGGUUAAAGAUAUUAGUUAAGUGACCUUGAGUGUUGAGAAAGGCGCCUAUAAAUAAAAUGUAUAAUUGUCAUGUAAGGAUUCCUUUUCAUUCAGCAGGUACAAAAGCAGCUGAAACUAAUAUCAUACUUUUCUGCUGCUGGCAGGUUCAGAUUUUUGUUUUAUGUGUUUGACAGAAUUAUGAAAAAAUACCUUAAGUGGACUGUGUUUUUGUUAAGUUAAGCUGCUUUAUUUCUCCACAGAAACAUCAGCUACAUCUCCCUCUAUAAAGUAGCUAGACCCAAUCGAUAAAAAUCUAGUUUUACCUCACAGACCAUGGGAGUUUCUUUUCUCCUGCUGAUAUGAUUCUCUGUUUUUUUAAGCUGUCUGUGUCAUUUGUGACUCAAGUGUUAUAAAGACUUAAUGCACAAUAAAAUACGACAAAUUGACAGACUGAGCCAACUCAUGUGCUCUGAAAUAUAAAAUUACUUUUCUUUCAGUGGAGUCUGAUGGCUUUCAGGGGAGUGAUGUAACGUCUGUUUCUACUUUAAGAAAAAGUUGAUCUCUGCAGUGAUUUCCUCUGUUAUGUUGUCAGACACUUAAAUCAACUAUCUGAGCCUCAUUGGCACGAACAAGCUCUUUUAGCACACAGACUUUGAUCGGACUCAUUUGCCUGCAGCAGUAACUUUGCAGCAAUCACAGUUUCACAGAUGUCAGCUGAGGCAGUUCACUGGAUAAACUCCAAAACGUGUCAACCUUUUAGUCUUAAGACCCCACACAGAAACAGUCUGUCAGUCUCUGUGCUGCACUUUUUGCUUCCCUCUUUGUGUUUCAAUCCAUUUGUCUAAUUGCAUAACUUCAGUCAUUAAAGCUCUUUAUCUCUAUCAAUAAGAUGGUCAUGUUCACUAAUACCCUGUGCUUUGUGAGAUAACAGUCUUACUGCAGUAGAAUAAUGUAGACCCUAAAUCCUCACCAGGACAAAAUGUUUCAUGUAUAGAAAUAGACAUGCAGACAUAGAGAGACACUCAUGUUUUUAAGCACAAGCUGUAGUUAGAGGGCAAUCUGCUACAACUGUUUAUCCCAUCUAUUCUUAUAGGUAUAAAACAAAAAUGGCAAUCUCCAUAUGUUUCAUUGUUUUAUAUUUAGGUUGGAUCAGCAGAGCAGUACCAUCCCAUGCCAAAGCCUGGUGUUGGGGAAUCAGUGGCGUGAACUGGAGAGCAUGAAGGCUCAGUUUGUGGCUGUCAAUGGAAUCCGCAAAGUAGCCUGUGUGGUAAGUGGAAGUUGUCUUGUCAUUCUUUUAUUUACUAUUUAAAAAACUGUGUAGCAGUAUUUUUAUUCAAAGGCACCAUGAGGACUUUUCAUGUUGUAUUGACCAUGGUUAAAACAGUCAUCGGCACUGGCCAAUUAUAGGGGCCAAUUUACAGGUUAUCUGUAUCAGCCUUUUAUGUAACAGAUGGCAGAUAGAGUUAAUUGAGAAGUGUGCUACUUUAGUUCUGCUGCUGGUGCAUCUGUCCCACUGGGUCUGUUUUCACUGUCCACUUUUCUCAUCUAAUGUCCCACCAUCAAUGCUACUUGACUUACUGGUCAAAAUACACCUGUUUCAACUGCUUACUCCUGUGUAUACUAUUGAAAGUUUUAGUUUUGAUUAAAAUUUUGCUAAUGAAAUGUAAAUGAAAAUUUGCAAUGGAGUUUGUAAUACUUCGAAUCUAAGUUUUGACAUAAAUGUCUCGUUUUUAUGGUCAAUAAUGGUUACAAGCUAAUGCUUCCAUGCUAAUGGUUAGAAUUGGUGUCAGUCCAGAAAAAAACAGUAUUUAUCAACCCAUAUUUUGGACGUACCUGAUAUGAAUUUUCUUAGCUGGAGAAUGCAUUUUCCAUGAGCACCAUCACCCACUGAUGUAAAGAUAUGACUCUUCUCAAAGCAUGCAUUUAUGCAUUUUAUAUUUCCUUAUAAUGCUGCUUUUCUAUAUUGAGCCAACAUAUUGAUUUGUAUUUUAAGAUUCAAGCUUUUCUCUCCAGCCCAUGGUGCAAAAAUACAAAGAAUAUAUGUUAAAAAAAUACAGCAGAGAAAAAUACAAUACAGUAGAAUAAGUGGUAUAUGUGUCCACAUCUACCCUUUGUCCUACCUACUUUGUCUAUGUUUAUAUACAAUCCCAUACACAAGCAAACCUUAAAGCAAACCAGAAAAAUGAUUCUGCUGCAUGUGUUUAUUUACACAUGGUCUUGAACAUCUGCAGUAAUGCAUUGAUGUUAAGCAUUCAUGUAAACUGUGGCGUUGUUGUGCAAAGAAGAAAAGAAGAAGAAAAGCAGCAGAGUUUUUAGUGCAAAUACUAUGUGUCCAGUAAGGGUUGAGAAGGAGCUCAGAGUUCAGCUUUGUGACAGCCUGGUGGGUGAAGCUACACAGGGAGUGUGACCAUUAGUGUAAGACCGGGCCUAUUUCAAAAUCAGAGAAAAAUUCCUCACAGUGCCUUUAUUGAAUGCAAUGGAUCCUAAAAUGAUUUUUCUCCUUGCAGCUGAGUGCCAAUCUGCGUCACAUUCGUGUUUUUGAGAUGGAUGUAGAAGAUGAAGAUGAUGAGGGGGCUGAGUCACAGAACACCAGCGCUGAUCAGGAUGCGCUGGACUCCACUAUGAGCAGUGCAGGGCAGGGAAGAGAGGAACGAGCCGAGGCUGAUGAUGAAGCUGGAGGGCAAAGAGGAGAUGUGCUUCAGAACACGGAGGAGCGUCUAGAGUCAGAGGAAGCUCUUGAAUUCUCAUAAAACUGAGAUACAAAAACAGGAUUCUAAGAUAUGAGGAAAAGACUCAUUUUUGACUUGUUGCUUAAUAUUUUUACAGUGUUCUGGAUCUCAUGUUGCAUAUGCAAAUAAACAGAUUUGUAUUGA